AGACAGAAUGAUUUAUUUCUGCCCCGCAUCCACGCAUUUAUUUGCCUGUGAUUACACAGAGUGCAAUAUUUAGGUACAAUUAUUUUCAUUUUUGCUUUGUACAUUGGUGAGAUGAGUGUGGGGGGUUGGACAGGUGUGGUAUUUUCGCCAGAAGGACGGAAGCACCGAGCCACAGGAGUCAUUGCCGGUGGGGAAUGGGGGUUAUUUGUCCCAGUUCUUUGCAGCCGGAGGCUGCGCGCUAAUUUCGAAUUUGAGUGGGGCCGGCGUUUCUGCAGUUUCACCAGUCGUCAUUGUUUAAGCUUCGUAUGGAGAUCCCGCGCUGCCGUCAAUUUUGAUUUCCUUGGAGCCGCUGGCAACGUUUGGCGAUGGGGUCUGCUUAUUUUGGGCAGAGAAGUCGUCGCUUUCAGUGGAGUUUGUUGUUGCCAGCGGCGCCGCGUCUGCCAGAUAGUUUGCAGGAGGCUGCCAACCCGCCCGUGGGUCUCAUCGCCAGCCGUCAAAGGUCCAAAGCGCAGUGGAUUCCCGCGCCGCCGUCUUAUUCCAAGGUCCAGGGAGUUGCUGCAUUUCAGCUGGAGUUCUACAUUGCGUAGUGGAUUCCCGCGCCGCCGUCUUAUUCCAGGGUCCAGGGAGUUGCUGCACUUCAGCUGGAGUUCAUCAGGGUAUCGGCGAGAGCGUCGUCAUUGAUUUGGAAUCAUAAGGGUCGUCGCUUUUGUAGGUCGUCUCGCCAGGGAAAAGGAAGCAUCUUUUGGACGCCGGGCCAAGAUGCUUUGCUUUGGGCCGUCGCUCGUAAAAGUCCAUGGAAUUGGAUGCAGAAAAUUGGAUUAGAUAAGUAUAUCUAUGUGUUUAGUUUUGUUUUGUCUGAUUUUAGUUUUUUUUUUUCUUUUCUUUUGCAGGUCCAAAUUGUCCAGGAUUUUUCAAGUUUGUCCGGUGGGAUUGGAAAGGAAACAUUGCCAUGGAGUUAUAAGAAGCAUCGUUUGGGAGGUUCGUAUAUGUCAGUAGGUUUGUAUAUACAUUUAGUUUUCUGUUGUUGUUAAUUUAUUUUGUUCU